CCAUCAGAAGAUGAAACAAGAAAGGAGCAUCGAUGAAGAAAAAACGGUGAAAAAUGGGACGAAUUCCGAGUGGAAGUUUCGCAAUUCUGAUUGAAGGUCAGCCAAGGGGGCCCGUGUCCCAAGGGUGGGUGUGCCGGAUGCUGACCUUCUUGCACAAUGGCUGAGGCUGCACCAUCAGCGGAUAUGAUUUGAAGGGAUCAACCGGAGGCGCGGUCGGGCAUCCUAGAACGGUAUAUAAAGUCGGAUCAAAUCGUUCGUGGGCACACUCAGCAAUCGGUCGAUCGGGAAGAUGAAGGCCCUCGUGAUCCUGCUAUCUUUCCUCGCCUUCGUCGCAGCUGCGCCCCGUCAGCGUCGCGAUGCUAUUUGGGGUGGAUAUCACGGCGGUUAUGUCGCUGGUCCUCACAUCGGAUCUACCAUGGUGGCAGCGCCGUCCAUAGGACCGGCUAAGCUGUCCGGAUCAGUUGCUGGACCGGUGCACGUUUCCGGUGCUGUUGCCGGCUCUGCCGUCGUCACUGCUUCCGUUGCUGGACCUGCUCACGUUGAAGGCUACGAUGCUGGUCCCUACGACGGAGGAGUCGGUGUCGGAUACGCGGGUCCGGCGUUCAGUUACGCAGGAUACCCGCAGUACGCGGGAGUUGGUAGCCACGGAGCGGUGAUAGCGGGUCCAGCAUCUCACGGCGCGAUUCUCGCAGGACCAGCAUCCCAUGGCGCCGUGCUUUCUGGCCCUCAUUCGGGAACCGCGGCGGUAUCCGGUCCCCACGCUGGAUCGGUGGUGAUCGCCGGCCCCUCCGGCAAAAUCACUGCCCACGGGACGGGUUAUGGCGCGAUUCACUCUGGCCAUUCUGGUCAUUGGUAACGAGUCCAAGUCCUGUUGGAAAGAAGGAAAGG